CUCGUAAACACCACCACCUAGUCGAAUUUUUUCUGAAUUCAGAAAUUUCCGUUGAUACUUCCCACGAAAAUACCCGUAAUCAACAUUCUACACGGUUUGUUGCUGUUUGUAUAAAAAUUUUAAGAAUACACAACGUGCGGCUACCCGUCUCCCCCCUCCGGCCAACUCAACAAAAUCAAAGAAUUAGUCAAACAUAAAACAGAAAAAAACAGAGUCCCAAAAAAGAAACAACAAAACGAAAUACGAGAGAAGAUCUGAUCUUCCCCCAUAAAAUUACCCAGCACACACAGAUCCACAGAUCAUGUUCACCGAAAAGGGAAUCUUUUCCAUAGGCGAUGGCCUUUUGGAUGUAGAUGCCGAACGCUUGAAAGGAUUACUCGUGUCUCAUGACAUCAACGAGAUCUACGAGGUGGAACAGACGCCGUUUGCCAGGGGCAAAUUCGCCGCCGUUCGCCGUGCCAUUCACAAGAACACGGGCUCCCAUUUUGCAGCAAAGUUCCUGAAGCGACGCCGACGAGCACAGAGCAGCGAUAAGGAAAUCAAGCACGAGAUCGCCGUCCUAAUGCUCUGCGAGAGCGAGGACAAUAUUGUCAAUCUAAAUGCGGUGCACGAGACCCGAUCAGACACAGCCCUGCUGCUGGAACUGGCCACUGGUGGCGAGCUGCAGACCAUACUAGACAACGAGGAAUGCCUGUCAGAGGCCCAGGCCCGGCACUGCAUGCGAGAAGUGCUGAAGGCGCUCAAAUUUCUCCACGACCGAUCCAUUGCCCACUUGGACCUCAAGCCACAGAACAUUUUGCUCGCCGGCGAGCGUAUAGAAGAUGGCCUCAAGCUCUGUGACUUUGGGAUCUCGCGAGUUGUGUGCGAGGGCAUCAAUGUACGCGAAAUGGCCGGCACCCCCGACUAUGUGGCCCCCGAGGUGCUCCAGUACGAGCCGCUCUCCCUGCUGACGGACAUCUGGUCCGUGGGCGUCCUCACCUAUGUCUUGCUCUCCGGCUUCUCGCCCUUUGGCGGGGAUACCAAACAGGAGACCUUCCUCAAUAUAUCGCAGUGUGCGCUCACAUUUCCGGACAACCUAUUUGGUGGCGUCUCCCCAGUAGCCAUUGACUUUAUACGCCGAGCAUUGCGAAUUAAGCCAAACGAUCGCAUGAGUGCCGCUGGAUGCCUGGAACAUGUCUGGUUGAAGGAUGAGAGCUCGCUGGAUAGACAAAUUUAUCUGCAGGCACAGAGCGAUGCCGAAGAGAAGGAGGAGGAUGAAGAAGACGACCUAGAGGAUGAAGAAGUGGAGCAGCCAGUGGCAGAGGAGAAGGCAGAGGAGCAGCAGCAGGAGCCACAGGAGCAACAGAAGCACAGCAGUGGCAGCAACACACCCACGCACAAUGGCAUGGGCCACCAUCGGGCCCACAGCAAUGGCAGCAAUCACAGCAGCAACAGCAGCAUCUCAAAGAUACCCAUUGCCACCGGAAAGGUUCUUGGCAGCCCCAGCACAGAGACAACCACAGCUAUACACACGCUGACCAGCAAUGGACACGGUAACACGGUCUGCCUGCCCGCCAAGCCCACACAGAUCGUGACACCCACACGUCGAGCGUCCGACUCGGACAAGGAGAACACAUACACGGCCACGUUUGUGAAAAAGCCCCCGGUGCAGGCCACCAUCCAGCUGGGCAGCAAUGGCCUCGAGGAGUCCUCGACAGUGGUGGCCACCCUGACACUCUUUCCCGAUGCGCCCACCACGCCGAAAGUGAUCCGCAAGACACCCACGGGAGAGUCGAAUGGUUCGGCCACCUCGGUGAAGGCUCUGGUCAAGAAGUUUCAGCUGGAGGAGACACUUGUGUGCGCGGGAAGCAGUCCCAGCAGCAGCAACCACAAUGGCCAAAGUCCCAUCAACGGCUGCAGCAACAUCAACGGAAACAAUAUGCGACGCAGUGCAGGAGGCAACAGCAGCAACAUCAGCUACUCCGCAGCAGCAGCGACAGCAGCACGAAUGAACUGCAUUCGUCGUGCCUCCGAGCCCCUGACGGCCGUCUACAAGAAGCAACCACAGAACAGCAGCAGUGCCAACAGCAAUAGUUCCAGCAGCAACAGCAGCAGCAGUAAUCCCAGCCCCGGCAGCAGUCCCAGCUCGGGUAGCACGGCCACCCUGCUCCUGAACAGACAUCGCCUGGCGUCCGCGUCCGAGCCAGCGAGCACGGUCAACAGUAGCAGCGCUGUAGCCUCAAGCAGCAGCAGCACCAAAGCGACUGCAGCCACUGCCCACCAUUUGCACCAUCACCACUUGCACCACCACCAUCAUCAUCAUCACCAUGUGGUGAUCGCCGCGAAGAACGCAGCCGCUGUUGCCGCCACCAACAACCUGAGUCUGGACCAGGGUAUCAUCUGUUAGCUAAGGGCCAGCCGUGCGAGCCGCAAUGCCAAAAGUUUCUUUCAUCGCUUCCUGUGCUGCAUGUAACAGAGCCCGUCGCGGCCCGGAUCCCCCCAGUCGUCCCCCAGUCCCACAGGGCGACGUCGCAGCAGCUCUCUUAGCUGCUGGUCUACUAGGAGAGAGUGGCAACGCCACCAGCCCAUUGGGAGAUCGAAUUGGAUAGGCAAUGGCAAUGGUAAUGGCAAUGGCAUCAGGUGCUGCAGAGGAAGAUGGAGGCCAUGGAUAGGGAGCUGGAUAUGGAAAUGGAGAUGGAGAGGAGAGAAGGAGCUGGAUCAACAGGAGGAUGCAUUGAUUUGAUUUGAGUUCGUCUUAGUUAAUGAUUAUUGCCUUAGUGUCUAGUUGGAUCUACAGCAAAAGGAAACCCCAAGCCCCCACCCCACUUCUAAGUUAGUAGUAGUAUACACGACCUCCA